AUGCAUGGUUUCUCUCUCACUUUCUCUCACCCUUUUUCUCUGUUUUGCCAUUCUCUCUCUUUCUCCCAUCUGAAAAAAAAAUCUCUCUCUUUUUCUCAUUCUUCUUAUUCUUCUCACUCUCUCUCUUCUUCUCACUCUCUCUCUUCUUCUCACUCUCUCUCUCUUCUUCUCACUCUCUCUCUCUCUCUCUUCUUCUCACUCUCUCUCUCUUCUUCUCUCUCUCUUGUUUGUUCUCUCUCUCUCUCAUUCACUCUUUCUCUUGUUCUUUCCCUUGUUCUCUUUCUUUCUUUCCUUCUCUCUCUCCUCUUCUUUCUCUCUCUCUCCUCUUCUUUCUCUCUCUCUCCUCUUCUUUCUCUCUCUCUCCUCUUCUUUUCUCUCUCUCUCUCCUCUUCUUUCUCUCUCUCUCCUCUUCUUUCUCUCUCUCCUCCUCUCUCUCCUUCUUUGUCUUUCCUGAGCAAAAUUAUUGCAUAUCACCCUUUCACCCACCUUGAUGUCUCACUCUCACCUUGUUACUUUCUCCAGCCUCCUUGGUCUGUUUUUGUCACCCUCAUGUCAGCUACCCUGGUCUCUCCUUGUCAGUCACCCUGGUCUCUCCUUGUCAGUCACCUUGGUCUCAUGAUCCUUGCCACUCCCUCUGAUCUCACACUUUGA